AAGGACCACAUCUCACGCCACGUCUCAACCCCGUAGUCGAGCGUCGCAGCCGCCUCCGGAACAAACUGCGCGUUGCACCGACGUUGGGCGCAAUCCUCUUGUACUUCCUCAUGAAGAAACCGCCGAAAGUCAGUCGGGUCAUUCACGAUGGUCACCGCCUCAUGCACGGCACCGAAUCCCUUCCAACCUGGCGCAGACCGACCUUCGGCAACACAUUGAAAGGAAUCGAGCUCGUCAAGAAUCAUCCGAACUUGAAACGUUACGACGAAGAAUUGCCAAACUGGAAAGUCGGCAACAAGCACCCGAAGACCCCCCUCGGCGGGCCUCAACUUCGGCGCAAGUAUAUCUGGAAGCCGACUCCCCUCUCACACCGGAGCUCACUUCAGAACCUGUACCUGGGAAAGUUAAAGUCCCUCAAAUUGGGUUAUAUGAUGGAACUUCAGACCCCGAAUCACACCUCGAUCACUAUACUUCGUGGAUGGAUCUGCAUGGGGCCUCAGACGCACUUCGAUGCCGUAUGUUUUCUCUCACGCUGGGGCCUCGGGCCCAAAAGUGGUACCAUUCUCUUCCCCCUCACUCUAUUUGGAAGUGGCAACAAUUGAGGUCGGCUUUCCGAUCUCAUUUCAUCGGGGCCCAAGUCUGUCUAAUUCCAAAAGAAUCUCUCGCAAAUGUAACACAAAAAGACGAUGAAAGUGUCAAUGAUUACAUCGCUCGGUUUAACGACCGAGUUCAGAAUAUGGAGCCUUGUCAUCCUGAAACCCUGCUUGUCAUGGCUAUUGCCGGGCUGAAACCGAACUCGAUUUUCUGUUGGACACUGUGUCAAAAUAAACCAAACACCUUUCAAGAAUUUCUUACUCGAGCUCAGCAACACAUCAUAGCCGAAGAAGCCAUGUCGGUCCCCGACUUUAAUUUUAACCCGAAGUCAUCUAAGGCGGGAACCGACGAGAAGAAGAAAAAUAAGUUUUUUGAAAAGCAGAACAAGACUCAAUUCAGAGGGCCUCCUCGGGGAGAUCCCAACGAUCCUGAAGUACGAGCAGCCCGAAAACAGUAUGCCACCGAUGUAAAAUCCGGUUAUCAGACCGUAUAUUCAACUGGGGCUGCCACCAUAUACGAAGAAAUCAAAGGGAAAGGCAUUUUACCGGAUCCCAAGCCACUUCGGAUGCCCGAAGAAAAGUUGGACAAAUCCCGAUAUUGCGAUUAUCACAAAUCGCCAGGACACAAUACUGACGAGUGCUUAAGCUUAUUAGCUGCUUUGUUGCGUUUAAUCGGUCAUCCACAGCUCAGAAAGUUCUAUCGUAACACCGAUCCUCAGAAACGGGGCCCAGGGCGUCCAAUGGAAUCUUAUGAUGAUGACGACGAGGAGGACCGCGGUGCUAUACCGAAGCGUAUCCGGCAAGGAGACAAGGAAAUAUUCAUGUUCACUUCGGAAGUGCUCGAUUCCAAUUCAACUGGAACCUCUCGAAGACGCAAGCGAAGCAGAUCUCCCAGCCUGAUGCAAAUAACUGUCCACCGCGUCAAUACUAACAACACUCGGAGUACAUUAUCCCGUCGACAAGUCAAAGCUUACGCUCGACAAGCUUACAAUUCCAGUAAACAAGUGUACACUACCGAUCUGAGAGACAUCCUCAACAACAGGAAUU